AUGGCGAUAGAAAGCGACACGGUGGAGUCGGUACCCCCAGGUACCAUUGUGUCCCAGGGCAAUGAUCCGGAUAGCCAUACUCAAGACGAAGAGAGUCCAUUACUCCCGCGACCUGACACGGAGACUGAGCUCAAGGCGGUGGCCGGUGUUGGAACGAUUAUCGCGGUGCUUCUGCUCGGUGAAUUUGUUUCCAAUGCCGAUGCGACACUGGUCAUGGCCGCGGCGGGCCGCAUCUCCUCCGAGUUCAACCGUCUACGCGACGCUAGUUGGCUCUCGACGGGAUAUACACUGGGUGUUUGUGCUGCACAACCAAUGUACGGAAAAUUGAGUGAUAUCUACGGCCGCAAGCCUAUGUUGCUGCUCUCAUAUCUGUUAUUUGCAGUUGGCUGUUUAAUGAGUGGCCUCGGAACCAAGAUGUGGGUGGUGGUUUGUGGUCGCACGAUCAGCGGAAUGGGCGGUGCAGGAAUCAUGACGAUCAGCUCCAUCAUCAUCACAGACAUCGUGCCCAAACGCGAGGUCGCUGCUUGGAGAUCAUAUGUGAAUAUCGCUAUGACAUUUGGACGCAGUCUCGGGGGUCCAUGGGGCGGUUGGCUGAGCGAUACAAUCGGAUGGAGAUGGUUGUUCAUCCUUCAAGCUCCGUUCCUCGCUUUGGCUGCCGUUCUUGUGAUCAUGAAACUGCAUGUCGGUGAGAAGCCACAAGCCACCUCCAAGGAAAACAAACUUGCCAAAGUUGAUUUCCUCGGAACGGCACUAAUAGGCUCGUCUAUUGUCGCCAUGACCACACUGCUCGACCAAGGCGGGAAAUCCUUUCCAUGGAGAUCAUGGUGGACACUCCUUUUAGCCAGCGGCGGAGUCUCACUCCUAAUCGCCUUUGUGCUUGUGGAAGCUUACGUUGCUCGCGAACCGAUAUUCAACCUUCGCAUUCUGCGACGCACAAACGUCGCCAUGGCAUACAUCAUCGGCGCACUCCAGGUAACCGCGCAACUGGGAUUAAUGUUCUCCGUCCCCCUCUAUUUCCAAGUCACCCAGCGCGCAUCAAUGACGGCGGCGGGCGUGCAUCUCAUUCCAGCAGUGGUGGGAAACACUCUUGGCGGACUACUUGCAGGAACUUUGAUCCGGCGCACAGGACAGUUCAAAAUCCUCCUCGUCCUCGCGGGCCUGGUUGCCGGCAUUUCCUAUGUCCUCCUCUACCUCCGCUGGGAUGGACACAGCGGCUUCUGGGAGUCACUAUUUAUUUUCCCCGGCGGAUUUGGGACAGGUAUCGCAGGAGCGUCCUCAUUUAUUGCCAUGUCUGCAAUGCUACCGGCGGAGGAUAUCGCCAUGGCGACGGCGGGAUAUAUGCUUGUUGCAGGAUUCUCCAUGACGGCUGGUGUGACUACAUCCAAUUCUGUUCUGGGGAUGGAGUUCCAGCGGCAGCUAAGGCUCAAUGUUCACGGGCCUGGGUCUGAGAAGGUUAUUCAACGUGCGAUGGCGGAUACCAAUUAUAUCGCGCAACUAAGUGGCCAGCUACGAGAGAUUGUGGUGGCUUGCUAUAUUUCGGGACUCAAGCAUACGUAUCGUGAGUUGGCUAAUUUUCUUAAAUUGGGCAUUUUCCACUAA